AUGCAAAACUCUCAGCGAGCGAUCACACCUCCUACUUACGAGGAAUACCUUCAAGCUUGGGACAUCCCACUCGCCCACGAUUUCUUGACGGCCACGGAAGUAUCCUCUGACCCUUGGCAUAUUCGAAACAUCAAUAACUCUCCUACCAUUGCCUCUCAAUAUCCGCAACUAGUAUCUCCCGCUCCCGUACAGGCGGCAACCAGCAUUUCGAACGCUCGUAACCUUGAAGCACCCUACCUUCACCGCCCUGCCCAGGCUCAGCCUUGGGAUACGCAACGUGUGGUAGGCGCCAUUGCACGCUUGCCCCUGAGCGUCGAAUCCAAUGGACUGACGUCGAGCGCUGAUAAACCGAGGACGUCAAUCGAUCAAGCACCGUUAUCUUCUCCUCGCCCUAUCUCCACGUCCUCGGGCGAUGACCAGCCCAAGCGUCAUCGGUGUGCAUUUCCGAACUGCACCAGGACGUUCAGCAGGCAAGCGGAUGCCGCACGCCACCACCGGCAGGUUCAUCAGAACAAGCGCGUCAACUGCUUGAUAUGCUCAGCCGACUUCCAACGGCCGUACCAGCUCACGAAACAUGAGCGGGAGAAUCAUACAAUCGACAAGCUUGAACCCCGAAAGGCCAAACCGUCUCGGCCCACGCGCACCUCGUCGCGCGCGAGACGAUUUCCAACGACGCGCUCGCUGGACCUGCCGCCAUUUCCACCAUCAGAGGUGUGA